CAUCAUUAUCCACAUCGGUACUCGAAGUUAAGGAUGCUAUUUGGUGUAGUUCUACUUGAUUGCUCCUCAGCAUCAUGCUUUUCUUGAAGGUUACUUGAUUGUUCAGCAUUGGUUGUUAUGCUUAAGCAGGAGCUUUAAGUCUACUUUUUAAUCGCCGUGGUACUCUAGUCUCUCCACAUUUUUAGAAGUACACUUUGGAAUGCUAAUUUCUGGAGAUCAUCGCGAUGGCUUUCGAGAUGAACGUCCUAGAGGAGGGUACCGAGACGACCGCAACUACUCCCCUCCGCAUGACCACAGACACGAGGAACGAUGGGAACCCCCACGCGAAAAGCACGGGCACAGAGCAAAUCCAGAUCUGAUUAAGGCAUCCUCUAAUGCAUCUUUAAUCGCAUCCUUGAAAAGUAUCAGGGAGCAUUUCCCUGCGACAUUUUUCAAGACUGCAGUCGAAUAAAGAUGAACUACGGAGAGUUCUAAUUAGAAGGGCAAAAACAGAUUAUACACAGUUUUUUCCGAUCCACGGGAUGAAGAUCUUAAUGGACGCGGUAAAGGGAAUCAACAGCGCCCGAUGAAUGGUAAAAAAGGUGCGGAUAAUCGACCGGCGAGGAACGGGAAUUGGGAUAAUCAACAGCAUGGCAAUUACAACAACCACAUGAACUCUACUCCUGCAAAUAAAGGUCGUGGAAGGCCACUCGAUAACGAUAAUUUUUCGUCACCG